AUGGUGAAAUGGUCAGAUACACUUGAUACGGCGUCCGCAUCUCCUGACGCGCAUGAUACUUCGAGCCCGGUGGUACAUGCGAUAAGUUUACAAUCUGGGCUUAAAGCGAUUCCAAGGCUGGUAAAUAAAAUGUGCUCUCAAGCUAGGCCGUAUCAGCGUGGAACAUCAGAAUACUUAUGGACGUUGCAAGCCAAACGAUCACUGUCCACACCUUGUCUAAGUAUCGUGUGGAUAUCGCCUGUUGGAGGUCCGUCUUCUUCACUUGAGUCACGUGGAACUCCCGGACAACCAACACUUCAACCAGUUCGAUUAUACCUUAGUCAGUCGCCAUUGGAAAAGUUCCGUACUCGUUCCUAUCGCGGAGCUGAAACGGGCAAUCUUCAAGGAUCUAACCAUGUUAUGGUUCGAGCCAAGAUCCGCAUAAAAUUGACAACUCGAAAACAGCAUCCCCCGAGAUCCUUCAACUAUCUCAAACUAAACAAUUUGAGGAUAUUUCAAACCGAAUUAUUGAAGCAUCUCAAUAAUACAAAUAUCAAUGAUUUUUCUGGAACGGCAAAUGAAUACUGGUCCAAACUAAAGGAAUGCCUCCAUAAAUCAACCACUUCUAGGGCAUACUAG